AUUGUUUAAAUUGUGUAACUUAAAGACGAACUGAUGUAUACAUUUGACUACACAUUUAGAUGAAUCAAUCAUCAAGGACUUAAUUCAAUGAAAAAGAAUCGGUACGAGUCGAUCUGUGUGUUUUGAGACAUAUCAACAUAGUGACGUGUACAGAAGGAAAAAUGCGCUGUUUACCUGAGAGAGUAUAUUGAGUACCAGGUGCCAUUUGUAUGGUCAGUGGCUACCCUAGUUAGAGACGUUGUGCACGCCACUGCGAGCGCGUGGUUCGGAUGGUGUGCGAUGGUGGCGCCAUGCUGUGCCUGGAGUCGCUGAUGACGCGGUGGCGGGAGCGCGGGGGGCGCGGCGAGCGCGGGGAGAGGCGCACGCGCUCCCGGAGUCUCUGCUCCUCCGCAGCUGAUGGGAGCCUGCUGCAGCUGCUGCACAGAAGAGCCAGUAGUGCUAUCUCGUCAGCAAGUGAGCUCAUCUCUCGGCGGGGCGUGUUCUCUCGCAGACAGUAUGGCUCCGUUGAACAGUUGUCGGCCUCAAUCGAGGCCGGCGGUGCGGCGGACACAGUGGUGCGACGAUACCGCCUCGAAAAUGGCAACUCGCUUGGAGAAAAAGAUGAGUUAUUCGGUCCACCCAGCGCGCCAGUUCUUGAAAAUCCUGAGUUCCAGACGCGAUGGUAUUUCAAAUAUUUUCUUGGAAAAAUGCAUCAAAACUACAUCGGCGUGGAUGGAGCGCGAGAGCCGUACCUCUUAAGUGUGGUGCAGGAAGGCGCGGGACUUUUACGAGCUAUUCUCUUCAACAAGAUGGGAGCGCAUAAAAUAUACCUGCCAGCGAGCGCGUGGAGCGGCGGCGGAGGUCAGCCACCCAGUCGGCCCACCAUCAAACAGAUCCUAGCUCAGUUCACAGCUAUCGAAAGACUUGACAAAAUGCCCAGAGAGAUAACGUGUGCAGAAUUACAAAAAGAUGUUUUGCUGCUCGAAGAACAAGAGGGUUCGGUGAAUUUCAAAAUAGGCGUUAUGAUAAUGAAGCCUGGCCAGAAGACUGACGACGAAAUGCUUUCAAACGAGAAAGGCAACGAUAAAUGGGACCGGUUUAUUUCGCUUUUGGGGGACAAGAUUCGAUUAAGGGGCUGGAACCGCUUCCGAGGAGGCCUCGACGUCAAAGGUGACAUGACAGGCAGCCAUUCGAUUUACACAAUGCACCAAGGUCACGAAAUAAUGUUCCACGUCUCAACCAUGUUGCCGUUUUCAAAGGACAACAAACAACAGCUGGAGAGGAAACGGCAUAUUGGCAAUGAUAUAGUGAACAUUGUGUUCACUGAAGACUCCACACACAACACUUUCAACCCGCAGUGCGUCAAGAGCCACUUUACUCACAUAUUCGCAGUAGUGUCAGAGGUGGAGGGCGAAGGUUACAGAUUGAGUGUGUACACAGACGAUACUGUACCACCGUUCGGUCCAUCGCUGCCAUGUCCUCCGAUCUUCAGCGACCCGCAGCUGUUCAGAGAAUUCCUACUUGUCAAGCUAAUGAAUGGCGAGAAGGCAGCAUUCCAAACACCGACUUUCGCUUUGAAAAGGCAGAGGACUUUGGACACUUUAAUUAGAGAUAUAUAUGCAGAACAUUGUUCAGAUCACAAAGUGCCGAUGUUGUCCCGUCGCGCACUGUCUGACGUGUGGUCGGGCAGCGUGGGCGCAGGCGGCGCGGGCGCGGCGCGCACGGAGCGCUUCCUACACGUGGGGCAAGCUUUGAAGCUGGACGCCGUGCUGCGGGGAGACGCGCCCACUAGUUUAGUGUCUAUGGGCACAGGGGGCUCUCGGCGCGCGCCGUGGGAGGGCCGGCUGUGGCGCGCCGCCCCGCUGCCCGCCACGCCGGUCUGCGCUGAACAACUCGCGGAGGGACGCCUCUUGUUGUCCACCACUUCCAACACGUACAUACUUGAAGAAAGUGGUACAACGAAAGUGGUACUACGAUGGGAAGGCUGCGUGCGAGCCGCUCGCAUCACAGAGCGUGCGGGGCUUUUCCGGGUCGGUGCGCGGGUGUCUGCGGGGGGCGGGUCUACGACCGGCGGCGCGGGGGGCGCGGGGGUCUACGCGCUGCCUCUGUCGGAGCUCUGCGCCGGCGCCUGGGCCAUGAGACCGCUACAAGAUUGCAAGCAUGCGAGGUUACCGAGGACCAAGACUGCUCAUUUGUUCGAUAUACUUGAACAAGGUGAAGGAGGCAAAACAUUACUUGCGAUAGCUAUCGGGAGGAGAGUUCUUCUGCUUUCAGAAGAAUCUAACCCUGAUAAUGAAAUGGGAUUCGAGUAUACACAUAUAAAGGAUAUCCAACUAAGUGAAUCGCCAAUAUUAAUAAAAUUGAUGGAAGGUGAAUAUGGAAUCAUGGUAGUCGGUUAUAAGCAUCACUGGGAACUUUUAGAAUUAAAUAAUGUACAGAGUAUAAAAAGAGCGGAAGGCUCUGAAGAUAGCGGACCUAGGCGCGGUGCACUUGUUAACGCAUUGAGAAUUGGAGACGAGAGAGAUGGUCAAAUCAUCUUAUGUUAUAACCAUACGUGUCACUUUGAGCGGUUGACAAGUAAAGGCCUAGAAAGUGACACUGAAUAUGAUUUUCACUGGACGACUGUACCUACUGCUGUUGUUUGCGCUUUCCCGUACAUAAUGGCGUUCGCGGAAGACUUGCUAGAAAUAAGAUUAGUUGCCAACGGAUCGCUCGUACACGCGGCAUGCAUUCCUGGCUUGAAGAUACUUUGCGGUCGAAGGGAUAUAUUCUACGUAGCGUGCGCGCCCGAGUACGUUCCGCUAAGCCGCGAAAUAGACCCUUGCCUCGCCCUCCACGACAACUACGAGCUGGUGAGGCAGAUGACCAAGUGCGGGCCUUACUCCAUUGACGAUGACGACAACGGAGAGACUAAGGGCGAUCCAAGUCACAACAACCGCACACCAGAGAACAACUCUGGCUCGAGUCGCAGCAGCUCCAUCUCGUCGGAGCAGGAGAACAUCCGCCCGCCACUGCAGAGGAUGACGCCUAUCUCGCCCCCCACCUCGCCACAAGUGCUUCCCGAGAACAGUGGGCGUUGUGUGCGUAUCUACAAGAUACCGCAGUGCAACCUCAGUGCCGCCACCUACCAGCGACAGUCCGUGUCGGCGGACCAUGUCGUCACCUCAUAUUUUACGGACAGACCGAACAGUAUUAGACAAAGACUGGCAGAGUUAAGACUGGACAGCAAAUCUAGGGGCGGUGGUGACGAAGACUCAAUAGACAUUCCAAGUAUCCAGCCGUCGAUGCCAUGAGUCGAUACUACUUAGGUAUAUUGAACAAGGAACAAGAACUUCAAAUGUACAUUUGGAAAAAUAUAUCGGCACAAAGACGACAUUAAAAGUAGCUUUCUGUAAUGUAACGUAGAAGAAAAACCCAUAACAAAUAUAACAAUAGAAGUAACGUAGUAUAUGUUAGAUUUAGCUUUAGAUAUUACAAGAAAGUAUGUCGUCUUCGUUGAAUGAAUUUGAAAAUUGGCUACAUUUAAAGGUUUUUAAAUAAAAUAAUAAUUUAAGAAAAACAGAACACAGCCUGAUGGCUAGAUCAUUUUUCAAAAGCUUUGUUUGAGGUAUUACAAGCUAUCAUUCUUUAACUGAUACUUACAGUAUUGUUUAAAAGGCUCGACCACAAUACGCCUGAAAAUCUUUAAAUUAAGUUUUAGAUGAGGGUUGUAAUUGGGUAGAUAUUUGGCUGAUAUUUCCGCAUUUAAAGGGCCCUACUUUAAGUUUUUUUAGUGAGUAGUACCUAAUGGUUUCUUCGUUUCGGGAAGAUGUAAUUUAAUUUAAAAAUUGAGUAAUGUUCUUGUAAUGUAGCGUAGAAAUAAUUGGAAUGAUCCACUUUAUUAUAAGGUUUAGAAAAUAAAAUUCAACGGGUCAUACCAAAAUAUUGUUUGGAUGUAAAUAUGAAUGUAGAAUAGUUUUCUUUUUUAGAAGGUAAAUUAAACACUAUUUGACUGAUAAUGACUGCUGCUUAACGAAUUGUCCAAAAAAUUUUAAACAUUUACUUAGCGUUUAAAUCUUAUAUCUAUCUACUUGUUGGCACUAACCUAUAAAUAUGUAAUAUACUUACGCGCACAGUAUUAAAGUAAUUAUAAAUCGAAUAAAAUUAGAAAAUAUUUAUAAGUAAAUAGGUUAAGUUAGUUAUUCAUAUUUCCCAAAAAUACCUAUUUAAUGUUGUAUCAACGUCUAUGAUUUUGGCACAUUGUGAUGAGUAUCCAUUGCCCUCACCUUUAGGGGUUUAUCAGGUCCGUUUUCUGGUGUCUGGUGGUUCUGGUGGUGCAGGUGCCGCGGCCCUUCAAGCUCAUGGGAACCUUUGACCCAGGCUACCAAAUAAGCCGUAAUUAUAAGCUCGUUUUACUCGCACUUGAUCUUCCUAGAAAACCUAACCAGCUUAGGUAGACCUCGAUACUGUUUUUGCACCAGGCCCUUUUGAUACAAUAUAAAAGACUGCCACUGUAUUGCAGUUUAAAGUGACCAGCAGAUAUUGGGCCGAUAAUCGCACAAACGACGCUGUCGGUAGUACAUUUUUUAUUAAUCAGUUCAGCUCAAACGAUGAUUUAGAAAAGUAGAGCUAAAAUUGUAGGAAUCAAAAUCGUAUAUUUCACUCAAAUGCAUUAUAUUUGUGAUAAGGGUUGCCAUGAGUGUAUAUUCGAAAUACGUACCUUGUUAAUAGUUAUUUUUUUAAUGCAUGUAAAAAUGAAACAGUGUCUUUAAGCCGAGUCAAAUGGCAAAAAUCUAAACCCAUCAUAGGUUCAAAAAUUAUUACACACUUAUAACAAUCCUAAUGUGACCAACGCUGUGAUUGCACUCUUGACUGAUUAAAGAGAAGAUUUUUAUUUCAUUGAAAUUCAAUAUUAAACGAUCAAAUUAUAGUAGGUACGUAUAUGUAGUAACAAAUAUCAUAAUAGGUAAUCAAAUUGUUAUUCGUAGAUAAUUAUGGGUGCCCGACCGUAUUCCCGAAUUCCCGACUAAACUAUCUGAUCUGUCCAGCUAUUCAGUUUUACCUGGCUACCCUAUUGUUUUAAAUGUUGAUUAUAAUGCCCCAAGUACUCGUAACUAUAUAUAUUUCUAAUUUUGUACAUAACUAAAGAUAAUAUAAGUAAGUAGGAAGUAAAAAAAUGAGAUUUUCAAUAAUUUAACAGCAGGUAGUAAAUAAGUAAGUCACUGAAAAUUGAAGUCAUAGAAAACUAGCAGUACCUAGUUAAACCUACUCAUAAGCUAAGUAAUAGAUUUUCAAACUAUUCACCAUCACAAGACCACAUUUCGAAUAUCAAUAACUUCAAGUCUGGAAUUAAGUCUUUGUAGUAGGACCCAUUCCUACUUUCCUUAAAGGAUAUAUUGUUCUUUAACAAUAAAGAUAAUAUUCUUUAAAAAACCAGACCAGACCAGCGAAUGAUAGAAGACAGGACACAAUAUUGAACCCAAACUUAUUCGCUCCCAUAAAUCGGAAACUUAUCAUGAUCAAAAAUUGAUUUUUGUUUGAGUGAUGUGACAAUGAUAACAAAAAUUAGCUGUAAAAACACCUGCAAACUAAUAUAAAAACUAAUAAAAUAAAUUAUAUAAGAUAUUAGUUGUGUGAUAAGUUUAAAUAAUAAGUUUCUGGACGUUGUCGUUCGAUUGAAAUUCUUACUUAUGUAAUCAUUAAUUAAUGGAGAGACAAUUUACCUAAAUAUGUCCAGUCCACCCCUGACGGUGAAAACGAUACCCUACUGGAAUGACUUCGAACAACGUCCAGAAAUUUAUAGCAUUAAGGAGAUUUUUAAAAAAUUAAAAAUAUUUUUGUUAAAUACUACAAGAUACAUUGAACAAAGUUAAAGAUAUUUUUAAGACCCAUUAAUUUAAAAUAUAUAAAUACAUAAAAUGUAUUAUUCUAUUUAUAGUUGCAUUAUUUUUUUAAUAUCCAAAAAUUAUAAUAUAGGGAAAUGGAAACACCGGUAACGAACUAAAACAGAACAUUUUUUAAAUACUAAUUACAAUAAGAGUUUUAUGAAUUUUAAAAAAGCGUUACAAAAUGCUCAAACCAAAUUUUAUUUUAUUUAACUUGUAUAAUGUUUUAAAGAUUUGAAUAUUUUAUUUUUAUACAGGAAGAUUAAUGUAAAAGUACAUAAUACUAAGUAGACAUAUCGAUUACCUAGCAUAAAAUUUAUAUUACCUAUUAUGUAAAGUAGAUAAUAAGUUCAGAUAUAACAAUCGAAAUAUGUAUAUCGAAA